CGGAGCGGUAAUCCUGCCCCUCCUCCUUCUCACAGAUCCCGUGCAGCGCUGCAGAUGACAGGAAGCGGCCCGAGGCCUCACGCCCCUCACAGGCCCCGGACUACAAAGACGAACCGCGGCCUCCCCCGCAGGCCUCCAGAUGUGUGUCAAUGUGCCGUACUACCCAGUAGAAAAGAAGAGAACAUGAUAAAUUAUAUGAACGUCCAUGAGUCACAGAUUGGUCCUUUAGGGUUGGAACAUCAUAGGAACCACGAAGAAGGGGAGGCCAGCAGAGAACCAGGAGUGUUAGUGCGGCAGCUGUAUAGGCCGAGGCGUUAACUCCUAAACAACUAGGAGAAAUCUAGCACCACCAUAACCAUCCCAAUGAGAGGAACCUCCAGCAGGGGAAGCUGACGGCGCGGGAGAGGAUCAGCCUGCUUCUGGAUCCGGGCAGUUUUGCAGAAUAUGACAUGUUUGUGGAGCACAGAUGUGCAGAUUUCGGGAUGCAGGAGGACAGGAACAAGUAUCCUGGAGACAGUGUGGUCACUGGACAGGGCCGCAUCAAUGGGAGACUGGUAUACGUAUUUAGCCAGGACUUCACUGUGUUUGGUGGCAGCCUGUCUGGAGCCCAUGCACAAAAAGUCUGCAAGAUCAUGGAUCAAGCUAUGCUGGUGGGAGCCCCAGUGAUUGGACUCAAUGACUCUGGGGGAGCUCGUAUCCAGGAGGGUGUAGAGUCCUUGGCUGGCUAUGCUGAUAUCUUCUUGAGGAACGUCUUGAGUUCGGGGGUGGUGCCUCAAAUCUCUUUGAUCAUGGGACCAUGUGCUGGAGGCGCAGUCUACUCUCCAGCACUAACAGAUUUCACAUUCAUGGUUAAGGACACCUCUUACUUGUUCAUUACUGGUCCAGAUGUAGUAAAAUCUGUCACCAAUGAGGAUGUAACACAGGAAGACCUAGGAGGAGCCAAGACACACACUGCAUUAUCAGGAGUGGCUCAUCGAGCUUUUGAGAAUGAUAUUGAUGCUUUAUUAAACCUACGUGAAUUUUUUAACUUCCUUCCACUGAGCAACAAGGAUCCGGCGCCUAUCAGAGAAUGUCACGACCCAAGUGAUCGCCUUGUCCCUGGAUUAGAUACAGUUGUUCCUAUGGAGUCCACUAAAGCCUAUGACAUGCUGGAUAUUAUCCACACGAUUGUGGAUGAACGAGACUUCUUUGAGAUUAUGCCUAACUAUGCCAAGAAUAUUGUGGUCGGCUUUGCCAGGAUGAAUGGGAGAACAGUUGGCAUUGUUGGAAACCAACCAAAAGUUGCAUCAGGCUGCUUGGACAUAAACUCCUCCGUAAAAGGAGCUCGCUUUGUCAGGUUUUGUGAUGCCUUCAAUAUACCCAUCAUCACUUUUGUAGAUGUACCAGGAUUUUUGCCAGGCACCGCUCAGGAAUAUGGAGGUAUCAUCAGACAUGGGGCAAAACUUCUGUUUGCCUUUGCAGAGGCUACUGUACCCAAGAUCACAGUGAUCACCAGAAAGGCUUAUGGUGGAGCCUAUGAUGUGAUGAGCUCAAAGCAUCUUCGAGGUGAUGUGAACUAUGCCUGGCCAACAGCAGAAGUCGCUGUCAUGGGAGCAAAGGGAGCUGUUCAGAUCAUAUUCAGAGGAAAGUCAAAUCAGGCUGAAGCAGAGGCAGAAUAUGUAGAGAAAUUUGCUAACCCUUUCCCUGCUGCGGUUAGAGGAUUUGUGGAUGACAUAAUUCAACCGUCUACUACUCGUCUGCGCAUCUGUCGUGACCUGGAAGUCCUUGCAAGCAAGCAUCAAGUGAAUCCAUGGAAGAAACAUGCAAAUAUUCCUCUAUGAGGCCGCACAAUGUUAGACAUUCCUGUCCGGAAAUUACAAGAUCAAAAUAAAAUAAAACUGGUUUGUGUCAAACUGAUGGCCAACACUACGAGCUAAGUCACCUGAUUCUAAAGGGACUUUGCAUUAACUUUAACCCCCAAUCUUUUAGAGACUAUUCACCAUCCUAGUAACUGCAUUAGUUCUAAGUGCUUGGUCAUACUGCCGUUGUAAUCUGGUAAAUAGUGCACGUCCUUUUUUUUCCCCCCUCCACUCCUGUAAAAUAAAAAUAAAAAAAGCCAUACACAGGAAAGGCUUAACGGGGUACUCCAAUAACUUUUUUUUUUUUUUUUUAAAUCAACUGGUGCCAGUUAAACAGAUUUGUAAAUUACUUCUAUUUAAAAAUCUUAAUCCUUCCAGUACUUAGCUGCUGUAUUUCUUUUUUUCUGACCGCAGUGCUCUCUGCUGACACCUCGGUUCAUGUAAGGAACUGUAAAGAGUAGUAGCAAAUCCCCAUAGCAAACCUCUUCUGCUCUGGACAGUUCCUGACAUGGACAGAGGUGUCAGCAGAGAGCAAUGUGGUCAGACUGAAAAGAGCAUACAGCAACUGAUAAGUACUGGAAGGAUUAAGAUUUUUAAUAGAAGUUAUUUACAAAUCUGUUGAACUUUCUUGCACCAGUUGAUGUAAAAAUAUUUUCCACUAGAGUAUUCCUUUAACAGCAGGGUGAACUUAGCCUAAGUGUUACACAGUUACCUGCGUGGAGUAAAAGAGAUGCUUAAUUGAAGAGCCAGGGCAUCUCCAGACUGUCACAUGUGCUCAGGGUGAACCUGCUUUCAUCUGUGAAGAGCACAGGGCGCCAGUAGCAAAUUUGCCAAUCUUGGUGUUCUCUGGCAAAUGAUAAACGUCCUGCACAGUGUUGGGCUGUAAGCAUAACCCCCCCAGCUGUGGACGUUGAACCCUCAGAGUCUGUUUCUGACAGUUUGAGUGGACACAUGCACAACUGCUGGAGAUCAUUUUGCAGGGCUCUGGCAGUGCUCCUCCUUGCACAAAGGCGAAGGUAGCGGUCCUGCUGCUGGGUUGUUGCCCUCCUACAUCUCCUGAUGUAUUGGCCUGUCUCCUGGUAGCGCAUCUAUGCUCUGGACACUACGCUGACAGACACAGCGAUCCUCCUUGCCACAGCUCGCAUUGAUGUGCCAACCACUGCUUUGUUGGGGGUGUCUUGCUAAUUGCCCAUAAUUUCCACCUGUUGUCUGUUCCAUUUGCACAACAGCAUGUGAAAUUGAUUGUCAAUCAGUGUUGCUUCCUGAGUGGACAGUGUGAUUUCACAGAAGUGUGAUUGACUUGGAAUUAUAUUGUGUUCCCUUUAUUAUUUUUUGAGCAGUGUAUAUAUGUAGAUAUAUAAUACACAAUUACGCUAUGUCUAUACACUAUACUUUUUGGUCACCGCAACAGACACACCCCCUCCAGUGCAGUUUUACUGAAUCUGGGCUUUCAUGUGUAGAACACAAACUAGAAGGUGGUGUUUGAAAGGUUAAAUCUACUGGCACAAAUAUGAUUAGUUAUUAAAUAUUUAACAUUUUCUAAAAGACAUAUGAUGGUGAUAAAUCUUACACUUCAUUCUGAUUUGUGUCAUCUGUAUACAUGGCGUGCCGGAUCAGAAUGUAGCCUCCUUUCAAGAUCUUUCCACUCUACUAACAGCUAUUCCAGAAAUAACUUAUAUUCUCCAUAAAAUACUUCCGGAGCAUCUUCUUUUCUAUAAUUCCUCCUGGAAAUGUACAAAUUGACAACUGGCUACUGGUAGAGAUGAGCAAAGUUACAGUAAUUCGAUUUGUCACGAACUUCUCGACUCGGCAGUUGUUGACUUUAGCAGGCAUAAAUUAGUACCGCUUUCAGGUGCUCCGGUGGGGGCUGGAGACUCUCUCCUAGGACUGUAUUCACCUUUUCCAGCCACCGGAGCACCUGAAAGCUGAACUCAUUUAUGCAGGAUAAGUCAUCAACUGCCGAGCCGAGAAGUUUGUGACCAAUCGAAUUACUGUAACUUCGCUCAUCUCUAGCUACUACCAUUCUCCUUGUCAAAAUAUAUCUUAAACAGAUUUCGCUUUAACUCCAUAAUGGAUAAAAAUAUGACAACCACAAGAAUUGUGAAAAAAAUUUAUAAAAAUAAAGUUUGACCUGUAAAAUUUGGCUCAAUAAGAAAAUGGCUGGGAAGUAUUUUCAUGCGUGCCAUUAUUCGUUUUUGAAGCUGAUGUUUCUAAUUUAUAAUGAAAGAAAGGGAGGUAUAUAGGAUAUUAAAACACACAUUAUAUAUAUUUAAAAAAUACAUAUGGAUUAAAAUAUGUAAUAUAAUAUGGAUUAAAAUAUAUUAUACAGUC